AUGAUGCUCCGAGCCAAAUUAAAAGCGUUUAAUGUAAGCUAUUUGACAGUUUUUUGUUCUUCGAUAUUUAGAGAGAUAUGGUAGUUCAGUUCUGCGAGGCUUCAAAUUUCUGUGACUAUAUUUUGAUGUCUAAAAUCUAUUUUUUAGUUUUCAGUCGUUUCGUCAACUUUCGACCAAACUUGACCUGAGUAACCUCAAAUUAUUGAAUCCGGAAGUUGUCUCCGUCUCUGAACAUGGUAUUUGUUGCCAGAAGAAGCCGUUUCGAGUGGAAUUAGAAGAGAAUCGAACAUAUGCAUAUUGCACAUGUGGUCACUCGAAGAAACAAGUGCGUUUUGCUUUUUGUUUAUUACCGAAACGCUCUUAUUGUGUAUUAUAAUUAUUUCUUUGCGUUUUAGCCUUUUUGUGACGGAACGCACAAGGAGCCAGGCUGCACAACUCUUCGGCCAUUGAGAUUUGUCCCCAAUCAGACGGGUUUUGCCUUUUUGUGCGGUUGUAAGCACACGAAAACACCGCCUUUGUGUGACGGAACCCACAAGACCAUCUAG